UUUUGAAAAGCCACCUCCUGCCUUAGCUGGAUCAUUGCAAGUGGAUAAAAAGCUUCAGAGUGAACAAAGAAUCUUCACAGGACAACUGAAAGCUCCCAAGUCUUUCACUGUUGAUGAAGACGACAACUGUGAGGUGGCAAAACGGCAGGCACAGGAACCUAGCAGAUGGCUGAAGUGUGGAGUAGCACGUUCUGCAUCCUUCCAACAACUCUCUUACCCAGAGUGUGACCAAAGUGUGGAUGGGCUGCCUUUCAAAUCCCUAAAUGGAUCAGAAGUAUAAAAGCAAAAUUUGAUUUAGAAUUCAAGUAGCAAGUGGGAAAGACAACAUCACAAAUAUGAGGUAAUCGAAACCAACCAUCUUGGUCACCUCUUGGCCUAUGACCCUGUAACAAGAACAGAGAGAACGCACACGACAAAUGCGAUUGCACUCUCCCCCUAUGAAGAUUACCUAUUAAUAGCAGAAACCAGCAUAUGCAGAAUCAUAGGCUAUUGGAUGAGUGGAGCUAAUGCAGGAAAAAAAGAAGUUUUUGUGGACAGCCUGCCUGGAUGCCCAGACAACAUCAGAUUAUCAAACACAGGCUUAUACAGAGUUGGAAUAUCUACCACUCACCUUCCUAGUUUCUUUUCUCCUUUUCUGGAUGCUUUAGGACCACAUCCAUUCCUGAAGAGAUUUAUUGCAAAUGUGACUCCUUUAUCAUUCAGCAUUUUAAUUCACAAACAUGGCUUGCUCUUAAAAAUUAAGAACAAAGGAGACAUUGUGGCAAGCUUCCAUGACUCUGAUGGUAGUGUGUCUUUGAGCAUGAGGGGAAGGUGUAUCUCAUAA